AUGACAUCUGAUAUGUCACGCAGUUUAUCCGCGGACGAGUCGUCCUCGGUUCGCGGCACGGCAUUACCCCAUCCACAUGGAAUCUACAGGUCGAAAGCACCAUCGAACAUUUCACUGAGCCCUGUCAGACUAUCAUCGACAUUCUUACCAUCGCCAUUACGCGAUCAUCAUGCCACCACCACGCCAACGAAUGGAGCUGCAUCGCCGCGUCUCAUCAGUGCAAAUGAACUACCCGAUGACCCCGCGCAGGCAUCGAAUGUGGUCCAUCUGUUUGCACCACCACUUGCACCGGCUUGGAGUCCCGUCUCAAUGUCGCGCUCCCAGAGCUCCCGCACGGACGACACAUCAACUUAUUUCCCCUCUGCGGGUGGAACUACUGCGAGCCACGGUCACAGCUAUGGACAUGGCGCUGGCACUGGCACUGGCGCCCAUACAGCGAGCACACAGCGAUACUACCGACCACCGAUGUCGCCGUCAGCUCGUUCGGGCGCUGAGCACGCACUGAGUCCUGGGGCGGCCCAGCAACGUAUAUCAAGUCCUCGCUCACCUACGGGACCGUCGUACGUCGGUAUGACUCGAACUUCAUCGCGGCAACGGUCGCCAGAGCACAACAUAUUCGAGCGCGAUAUCGAGUUGUGCGGAAGUCCGCACCUUAUGACGCCCAAAGAAGCGAUCGACGUAGCUGUGCCGCCAGUGCUGGACGAUGCAGCAGAUGCUAUUGUGGGAGACUCGACCCUGGAAAUCGUGUCGCCAUGCGAGACUUCGUCACCGUACGCAUCACCUGAUAUGCGUCCGCACCUUCGUCGCACAGGUACGGGCGGCGAAAUGCUCGUUCGCGGCGCAUCCCACGAUGGCACGCACAUGUCGGCGCGCCAGCGAACGUACGGCCAUCGCCGCCUACAUUCUGAACAAUCGAUGCUAUUGCCGAGCAUACCCAACAUGCCAUCAAGUCCUGCGGCUGGCAAGCGACGCUCGCACAUGCAGCCACCGUCACAGACACAUUCGCAGCAACAACCACCUACGCCCAACGCGUCCACAUAUCAUCCAAGCCUAAGCAUCGACGGCGCUGUCAUCCCCGAGGGCCAGGCUGCCACCUUUAUGCAUAGUCUCGACGGCCUUGCGGACGCCGUCGUUCACAGAUCGCCGUCGACGACGUCGGCGCAAGCGGCAGUGCCGGGAUCUAUGGCGACUCCUGCAUCGCCUGUACCAGCAGUGGCUUCGCCUAGUGGUAGCACCAACGGCAGCCAGUUGGGUACGUCGAACAGUUACUUUUCAUUGAGCGAGGAUCCUCGCAACUCCAAGUUCCGCUACAGUGUGAUUGGCAUCAACGCCACACCAUCUGGCGCACCCGGUGAUUCGCCCACAUUCGGACGUACGGGUACAGCGAAUAACUACUUUGCUUCAUCGGUGUCGAGCCCUCGUAGCUCACGAACCAUGCAGCCGUCGCUUUCAUGGUCCAAUUCGGAGAAUUGCUCCUCGCACUUGCAAGUGCCUGGUGCUCUCAAUGCUGCAUCGCCGAACCUGCGACCAGCGUCAGUGUCGAAUGCGCAGGGAGAUCGGAAGCGUCUCUCUUGGAUGUCGUACGCGGACAUUGUGAAUGAUGUCAACGAGAAAGUUCAUGACCUUGAUGUGACUGGCCGAGUGUAA